UCUGUAAAGUCAGGUGGUGAGACUACGAUCUUGUGUCGAAUACCAUACUUCAAUUUGACAACAUGAUCAUCUACAAGGACAUCGUCACUGGGGAUGAAAUGUUUUCUGACAUUUACAAGAUCAAAGAGUCACCAAAUGGGAUGUUAUUUGAAGUUGAGGGAAAGGUGCGUCUACAAUGCAGGUCUCUGAACCACUACCAACUCUGACUCACAAACAUCCUGCCACCUUACCUGACAAUCCCACAGUGAUUGAUUCAAAUACCAAAUUGUCAAGAGCAAUGCUUGACUUAGAUGGUCAGUAGAACGGAGGACAUAGAUGACUCCCUGCUUGGUGCGAAUGCGUCAGCAGAGUUGCAGGAUGAGGGCUGCGAGUCCUCCACGGUCAGUGGAGUGGACAUCGUCCUCAACCACAAACUGCAGGAGACCACCUUCACCAAAGACUCCUACAAGGGAUACAUCAAGGACUACAUGAAGGCGAUCAAGGCGAAGCUAGAGGAGAACAAUCCAGACAGAGUGAAGCCCUUCAUGACAGGAGCUCAGGAGGAGAUCAAGAAGAUAAUGGGCAAUAUCAAGAACUACCAGUUUUUCACCGGUGAGUCUAUGAACCCAGAUGGUAUGGUUGGUCUGCUGGACUUCCGUGAGGACGGCAUCACUCCCUUCAUGACCUUCUUCAAAGACGGCCUGGAGAUCGAGAAAUGCUAACACUCUGGACUGAGAACUUUAUUUUAAUUGGCUGCUGCAUCUCACCUGACCUGCAACCACGGACCAACCAGGCAACUCCUCUGCAUUGUGUUUUGGAUUGGAAGCAUUUUAUUACAGUAAUUAUCUUAUAGGAAUUUGAAGUAUUGAAGUAUUAUAAAUGCCCAUACCAAGUCAUGUUUUUGGGAUGUACCCCGUGGGACGCUGGGACAGUAUUACACGAUCACAUCUUUAUUUGAUAUGAUCAGUCUUUUACCUUGUAUAAUUUAUUAAGAUUCCAACUGAAAUUCAUGCAGAAUGAGCUGCAUAGUUCUAUCCGGCACAUUCUAUAUUUUAGCUUGCAGUGGGAUGAUCUGUUCAUCUGUAAAGACUGUUUCAGUCCACUGGUUGGUAAUUAGUUAAUUGGUUAUUUGUUGGUUGAUUAACUCUCAGGCCUCCAUUUGCUUAGUUUACAGUUACAUUUAAUGUGACACCCUUACUACACAGAUUUGGGAUUAGCUUUGGAUGUCAUGACUUGAGUUGUGAAAAAUAAAACAGUGAAUGAAACCUU